AUGCAAGACUACCUCGAUUAUAUCUAUCCUAUGGUCCCAGUAGUACACCGACCCUCAUUCAGAAAGGCCUUGCGAGAGGACCAAGACUCGGAGAAUGAUUCGUGCUUUGCACUCAUGGUAUCCAUUGCGGCCUUGGUCGUUGCAACAAUGCCCAGCAGGUUUCAAGCCUACCAAUCUGAGAUUUUAUCCUCCAGGUUUUCUUCCCGGAAAGAGUUUGUGCAUUUUUGCUACGCCAAAUGCGUGGGAAUGCGGACAUCUUCCUACUUCGACGAGCUUGGCUUUCAAAAGUUUGCCGUUUCAAUGUUAAGUGUGGAGGCAAUGCAAAUCGCUCGCCUUUUGAAUCUUCAUCGAAUAUCCGAGUAUGAAGGCCUGAAUUUAAUUGAGACACAAUUACGCAAAAAGGGCUUCUGGCUUAUGUUUUACAGCUUUGUUCACGCUCAUCUACAGAACCUCCUCGGAGAGCGGCUGACAUACUUAGACCCAACUUUACUCUGUUCAAUCAACCCCGAGGAUCUCAUGCCCCUGGAUGUUGAGGAUGAGUUCAUAUUUGAGUACGAGGUACUGACACCUACAUCAAACAAGCCAUGUCUCGUUACGGGCUUUAUCCUCCAUUCACGGGUGUUUUGGGCUGCCAUUAGAAGCUUACGCCCAGACCCAACAAUGGAUGAGCCAUGUCCUUGUGUCAGAGCCAAAAAUCCCGACAUGGAAGUCGUAUAUUACCAGAAUCGCUUCCACGGUCUAAAAUCCGUGAUCGAGAAUAUUCCACCAUCUCUACAACAAGCAUGGACUCCAAACGAUGAGGAAAUAAACAGUGGUGAUACAAGCGAUGCAGAAGGAAGCAUGAGUCCAUUGCAAUUCUCAUCCAUUCGGGCCAAUCUGCAUGUCACUCAUCUUUGGCUCCAAAGUCUAAUCUUGGAUCAACUGGACGCCGCGCAGUCCCAUCGGCAGAGACAGUUUGCAGCAGGUGGUUUGGAUCAAGAGACAGCAGACCUAGACCAAAGAGCUCUUUGGAUGGAGAGAGAAAAUAUCUGCCGGCAGCUUUUCUUCAUUCUUUUCAACUUUCCACCUCUGAGCUUGGAUGCCAACGGUCUACAUCUAGUCAACAAAGUGCGUGAUAUCACAGCCAGCCUUCUCGCAUGUCCAUUCCACCCCGCCGAUCCAUUAUCCAAGCAAGCGGCUCAGUAUAUCCAGCAUUCAACUGAGAUACUAUCCAGGUUGGACCGCAGCGAGGGUAUGAAUACCAUGCAUCUCCAAACAUGGGUCGACACAGAUCGGCUGUGGAGAUGA